GUCUCUGAUCUUGUAUUAAAUGUCAAUUAAGCCAGUAUUAUCUAAAUACUUGUCACUUUCAAUUAGAUAUAUGAUUGUUUUCAAUUAUUAUCUGUAAAAAGUUAAACUCUGUACCAAAUAGUAUGGUGUGUGUAAUAUGACUCCCAACAAUGUAAACACUACAGGUCUUGUUGAAGAUGAAGAUUUAAAUAUGUGAAAAAUUUAGAGAGAUGGUAGAAAAAACUGAUAGUCUUGGGUAGAUUAUGUUUGAAACUAUUCCGUUACUCCGGGAAUUAUCAACAAAGCUUUAUUCUGAGAACAAUUCUACUUGGAUAUCUCUACAAGACAUUCUCAAAUUCCUUCGGCAACACCAUAGUAUUACAGACAAUAUCAAAGAAAUUAAGAGAUUUAAUAUUUUAAAAGAAUUUACAGGACACAAGUUUGGCGUCUUGGAAAAUGAAAAUCAACCGUAUAUAUAUAUCAAUGUUACAUCUUUCCUGCGAUACAUCUUAAACCACUGUGACCAGCUUCAGAUAUGUAGUGAGAUUGUGCUUCAAAUACAGAGUAAGCUUACUCAAAAACGUGAUGAAUUCUGUUUUCAAAAUACACAAGACUUGUACAAAGUUAUUGCUUCCAAAAACUUUACUUAUUCAAAAUUACAGGAUGUUGUUUACAAUGAAAUAUCAAUAGAUGAAGAUAAAAUAUCUUCACUUCAUAAACAAUAUAAAUCUGAUUUUACUAAAGAUGAGUGGGUUAAAAUUUGUCUCUUUGAAAUCCAUUUUUUACUGGAGUUUGAAGCAGCUGAAGAUGCAGAGUUUGAGGAACAACUCGCAUCAAAAUACAUCUUUCUUCAGAACAUAGAUGCUGUCAAAGAGAUAUCAAAAUCUAUAAAUCGGACAUCAAAAAGAACUAUAAAAUCGAGACAAAAGAGACAGAACACUGCAUCUGAAAAUGACGAAAUUCACCUAUAUUCUGAAAAGGUUCACAUUGUCAAGAAGGUAGAGUUUGAGCUUACAAAUUUAUUUGAAAAUGAGAUUGAGAAAGUUGUUGUGUCAAAUUGUAUCAACAAAUGUAAUCACGAGUUCUCCUGUCAUGUCUUUGCUGAGUUGAAAAAUGAGCACUGUUUGAAUAAUGAAGAACUGAUUCAGACUAUUCAGCUGCACUUGAACCGAAAGCAUGAACUUAAAUGUGGUUUAAUUAUUUUAUUACAACCUGACACAUUUGCCUCUUUCCUAGCAGAUAAUGGCAAAAUAGCUCGCUUUAAAUUCUUAGAAGAGUUCCAACAAACAGGUCUUCCAGAGAGCAUCCUAUUUGCUUACAGACUACCAGAUCUGACAACAACACCAGAUAUUGAUAUUCCUGAAACUAUUCCACAAUGUGAAGAAUGUCACAGAAGUGACAAUAAAACAUCAGCUCCAUUGCAUUGGAAAAAUUUCAACUUGUUACAAGAAUGGUCACUUGAUGUACCAUUGUCGGUACAAAUAUUACUUGAAUCUUUUGUCAACCAGAAAAGCUUAGACAGGUCAUCUGAAUUAGACAAUUUUGUAAAGACCAAACUUUUGAAACUUUAUAGUAUAUAUGAUACACUCUUGAAUCUUACUAAUAGAAAUUACUGUGGAGUUUUACAAGAUCUAAAUACGCAGGAACUUGCCAUGAAUUACCAAUCAGUUAGUACAGUGUUCAGCAUUUCAUCAAAUAGUGGUGCUACUCUUAGUCUCAAUUCCGCAGAAAAGAAAUUAAAACAGAAAGCUGCGGAUGACAUAUGCAACUACAAUACCUAUAUCCGGAGAUACCCCAUGAAAUACCAAACAUUAGCAGGAAUGAGAAACAAUCUGGUAUCUUUACAGGAGUGUUUAAUAGUUGUAAUGAUGGACAACUUAGUACGGCUGAAGUAUCAUUCAGACCCCAAUCCUGGUGAAAAUAGAUCAAUGCAGCUAUGCACACUGCCUAUAACUAUAAAAGGUGUACCUAUUAAUUCACUUGAGAUAGAAGAAACAUGGCAUGAUCAGAAUAUAUGUGACCAAUCUAAUUAUUGUCCAUGCAAACUUGACCAAAUACUAACAAAAGAAGAUUUUAACCAAAGAAUUCUGUCACUGCUACCAGAGGAAGAAAGCUGUUUUACACGGUUUAGAAAUAUGAUGACCUGGACAUUAUUUGAUAUUUGGAAACAGAUUGCUGAAGAUGACGAUGAAUUUCUGAGGCUUGGUGGUUUGGAAAGAAACAUUUGUGAAAGUGAUACAUUAGAGAGAUCCUUUGCAGCAUUGGACAUUCAACCAGAGGAAAUGGGGGAUAUUGAGAUUGAUGACGAAUUAGUGCAAGAAACAGAUUCUGAAGGUAGUGACUGUUCAUCAUCUGAAAAUGACGAAGACAAAACAAUUGAUUAUGAAGUAUGUUUAAGUGAAGAUGAGAAUAGAGAAGAAGCAUCAACAGCAGAAGAGAUAGAUAUUGAAGAAGAAAUCUAUUUGCAAAACAUUUUUGAAGAUGUUGAGAUCAAAAUUACAUCUGACACAGAUUUAGACAAUUUGGACUCUUAUUUUAAACCUUUGGAUCAAUCCAUUGAUGCAAAUACACAAGAGUCUGUUGAGUCAGAAAACGAAGAUGAAAAUGUACAAAGUACAGAUGAAGUGGUAACAAGCCAAGGUUUAACAAUUAACCAUGACCUGGUUGCAGGGAGAUUUGGAUUUAGGCAACAUCAAUCACCUCCGAUGUUGACAAGACACCCACCCCCUGCCACAGGUAGAGAUGACGACAUACAGAAACUUAGGGAGGUACUUGAUAACAUAAUGACGAAGGUUAACUCUAAUGAUGCUGCACAAGGUGGUUUGAAAAUACUAUUUGCUCCGGACAACAAAAUAGGCAGUAAUUUGCUAAAACUCUUGUCUUCAUCCAAAAAAUAUCAAAAUUUUCUUCCUGAAUUUCCAAUACUACAUUUGCGUAAAUCAAAGAUAACAAACUUUUGUACUGCAUACAGGAAUGCAGGUAUCAUAGAAAUACUAAAAUAUAUGAGAGAUGAGGAAUUCAAUGACUGGAAAAAACUCAUAUCAGCCGAGCACAUCAACAUGGCAUCCAAAUACAUAAGGCGUUUAUCCAUUGCUCUGAAGGUUGCUUUUGUGUCUAAAUUUUUGCAAACCUUACAAGUUGAAGAACAAAAUGCCAUGAAAGAUGAUUUGAAGAAUGAGAAUGCAAACUGUAUGAAAUGGAAUGAUAAAUUUGAGAAUUUUUUAAAAUACGGAAAUUCGCAAAAUGCCACAUUUAUGGUACACACUGAAAUGUUGAAUCAUAGUGAAGAAAUAAGUGCACUGUCAUUUGCUGAACGACUUGGUGGUUCAGAGGGAUAUUCACUAAUGUUAGCAGCAGUUAAGAUGUCCUUACCUUUUGCAUUUCUAAAUGGUUCUACGUCAUAUGCAGCCUAUGCUGUUAAUCUAUUACACGAACAUUACAAAUCUGGAAAAUGUGAAGGCUGCUUUGUUCACAACAACACAUCAAAAAAGUCCAUACAAUUUUGGUUUGGACACCCAGAGAGAACUAGACCACAAAGAUGUUCUAAAGAGUUUUAG